AUGGCACCCUCUUCCACAUCCUCCUCAGCACCCGCUGGCCAACACGCACCCCCCAACUCCUCCUUUGCCGAACCUGAAAAGACGACCGAAUACGCCUCCAUCAUCCCCCAACCACGCAGCAAUGAAAACGACCAAGACCGUCUCCAACUCCAACGCACAGUCUCCUCCGUCAGCCACCACGACAUGGCCAACGUCCAAUACAUCGCCACCGGCGACAACGACGUCAUCUACAACAAAUUCACCGAGCGCCGCAAAAUGGUCAUUGUAGCCGUAGUCUCUUUUUGCAGUUUCCUGGCUCCCAUUUCCUCGACCACGGUGUUGUCUGCUGUUCCUGAGGUUGCGGAGACGUUUGAUACGGAUGGAUCUAUUAUCAAUACCGAACGCGCAACAGCCCUAGGCUGGUUCCUCAGCGGCACCCUCAUCGGCCCCGCCCUCGGCCCCUUCAUCGGCGGCAUAAUCGUAACAUUCCGUUCCUGGCGCGACAUCUUCUGGCUUCAAACCGCCCUGGCCGGUGCCGCAACCCUCUUCUGCUUCUUCCUGCAACCCGAGACCAUCCACAAGAAACGCGCCGACGAACUCGUCGGCCUCCCCACUGCACAACGCGCACACAAAAUGUGGCAGUGGCUAAACCCUUUCCGCGUCGUCAAACUAUACCGGUACCCCAACAUCCUCUUAACGGCACUGGCGAGUAGUAGUCUCGUGUGGAAUAUGUAUAGCCUGUUAACGCCGAUCCGCUACGUCCUGAACCCACGGUUUGACUUGCAAAGUCCACUCCAAUCCGGCCUCUUCUACAUCGCCCCCGGCUGCGGCUACCUCCUCGGAACCUUCUUCGGCGGCCGCUACGCCGACCACAUAGUCAAAAAAUACAUCCAGCGCCGCGGCCACCGCGUCUCCGAAGACCGGCUCCGCUCCUGCGUCUUCUUCCUCGGCGGCGUCAUACCCGCCUGCAUGCUGAUCUACGGAUGGUCUGUCGAGAAAAGGGUUGGCGGCAUCGCGCUGCCGGUUGUAAUGAUGUUUCUCCAGGGUGUGGCGCAACUGUUUUGUUUUCCGAGUCUGAAUACGUAUUGUUUGGAUGUUAUGCAGGGGCGCAGUGCGGAGGUUGUGGCUGGGAAUUAUUUUAUGCGGUAUAUGUUUGCGGCGGGGGGGUCGGCGGUUUGUCUUCCUGCGGUGAGGGCUAUUGGGGUGGGCUGGUUUAGUACGAUUAGUGCGGGGUUUUUGGUGGCGGGCGCGGGCGCGACGUGGUUGACUGCUGUGAAGGGGAGGGGGUGGAGGGAGGGGAUUGAAGAGAGGAAGGCGCAGAGGAAGGAGGUGGCGUUGGCGUGA